UUCCUGUUACACACAUAUCCUCGUUAUCAUCAUGGACUCGUCAUCCACACGUCAGGACUACAUCCUUCCGGAUACACCUCCUCAACAAGACACUUCAUUCCCAUCUUACUGGGCAGCGCAAGCUGCGCGGAAGAAGAAGAUUCCAUCUACCAAUAGCAGUGCUGCUCCCCCUGCUGCUGCCGCUGCUGCAUCCGACUCCAAGGAGUCACCGCUGAAGAGACGUGGGGUCUUCGUGGAGAGAGGGAUGAGCAGUGAGGAAUACAUUAUACCAGACACACCACCAUCUCAUCUGGGAUGGGCACCGAAGCGUGUACCACUAACAACGAUUUCCACCAACAAGCAGCAGGGGAAGAGAAAGCUGCACUUUCUGGAGGAGGAUGAGGAGGAAACCAACUUUGUACCCUCAAAGAAACGUAUGUGUGAGAACACCUCCAUGGCUCCGCUACUAGAGGAGGCAGCCGCGCGGGAUGAUGAUGAUGAUGAUGACUUUAUCGCACUCAUCAAUAAGCCAUCACCAAAACAUGGAUGCCUCUCCGCGAACUCCGGGUAUGAAGACGAGAGUCUGUGCCCAUCGAUGUACAGCUACCACAGCAGUUUGGAGGAGAAGAACAAGCUGCUGGCAACACUGGCCGAGUACGGCAUUGAGACGACGGUGGAUCGAGUGGCAAAGAAGGACAGAAUCCGCGACUGGAUCCAAUCCAGUGUGAUAGCUGAGGGUGAAGAGGAAGAGGAAGAGCAAGAGCAACAACAAGCAGAACGCCCUCAACCAACUGGGAGGUCGGUGGCGACCAACAAUUCAUCAUCAAAGAAAACAACCAUUUCCAGGCGAACGAUGAAAGAAGGCAGCUCGUCUGCUGGCACUAACCAGACUGAAGCAACAUCCAGCCGUUCAGAAAGCUACUGA